UGUUUGAACUUUGAUCUUUGAGGAGAUGAUGUUUGGAUCAGCAGUCGGGGCAUCAAGAUAACAGCAGAAGACACCACAAUUUGUUUGGAAGCAGGGAUAGUAAAGGCAAUGAAUAUAUGCGAAACGACGAUUAUUACUAGCCCUGGAUAUACCCGGAAUACCUCGAAUGGAACAUAAAAACCGACUGUAUCCGUGUUUUGAUAAAGAAGACCUGCUACUGUAAAGUGGAGCUCUAACAGGAGGAAUGCCUUCCAACACGUAACUCGCUUACAUGCAACUAUUUUGUGUCUGAAUUUGCACCAGAACCGGACUCCUGAACAUACCGGGCUUUAAUACCAAACCGGAGGGUGUCGAGCACUUUUCUAGCCAUUUGUCUUGAUGUAGCCGAAGCCAUGCUGUGCUUUCAUUUCGCAGCCGAUAGCCGGUUAGCCAGUUAGCUCGUCGUCUCUUGCUGCAAGCAGGGGGGGACGCGGCGCUCGACGUCGGCGUGGCCAUUCACGCAAUGCCGCUGKUCGGGGGAGGCCUACUCGGAGCUCGGAUUGCUGCAAGCUAACGUUGGCUGAAUGAAGUGGGACGCCGUAAAUAUUAGUUAUUAGACAAGUCAACGCCGUUUGCGGUGUAACUGCGAGCAUAGCCAAUGUAAUACGAUUGGAAAACGGGGAAAGUCAUUUGAGCUCAGAGGAUUAUUUAGAUUUAGACAUCUGCUCAGAGCUCCUCAUGUAAACAAGUCUGAGUGUGUCAAUGGUUGGUUGUAAGUUAACACUAAAUAUACUCAAAUUAAUCCUGUGAUAUUAUCAGUUCAGUCAUAGSUGCUGGAGGAGUCCAAUUAAGCUGACCCUGUAAUGAUGUAGGUGCUCUGACAUUUAUAAUGCUGUGGAUCUGCUGCACAGUCAUUCAUUCAUUCAUGAGCCUUGAGGAAAGAGACCAUUUUUAAUCUGUUGCCACUACAUCGAAACUUCCAUAUUAAUCCACUACAAGCUUCUGCUUUAUAUAUUUAAACCACUAUCAGGUGAAAACUGAAGAGAUUUGUUUUAGCAGCACAUUAUUUUCUGAAGUCUYGACCCUUACCGGAGCCACUGGUGUGAAUGGGAACAUGAGGGACAGUCUGUUUGAUCUGAACCAGYUUCCGAGUCCCUUAAAGAUCUGAUCCAAGCCCAACAGAGAGCCCCAUUGUGUGGACAUCAAAACUGAAGAGGGAAGAUGGUGAUGAUGACAGAAGAGGCCCUGUGACGGUGUUUCUCUCACUCCAGGAAGCAGACAUGAGCCUCCGCCAGCCCACAUCCACACUGGACAGCCCUUUUGCUGCUUGGCUCAGCAGUCUGACGACCGGGGACUCGGAUCGCCGAUCCUCUGCCAGCCAGCAAAGAGAGCUGACCGCAGACGUCUCCACUGAGAGUACAAGUGCUGGUCUUGUGCACCGGUGUGUGGUCGUGCAGAAGGACCAGCUUGGGUUCGGCUUCACUGUGUGUGGAGAGAGGGUCAAGCUUGUGCAGAAUGUUAGACCAGGUGGAGCGGCGGUUAAGGCCGGGGUUCAGGAGGGGGACCGAAUCAUCAAGGUGAACGGCUCCUUGGUGUCCUCCAUGUCCCAUCAGGAGGUGGUGAAACUUAUAAAAUCUGGAACUUAUGUCGCCCUGACACUACAAGGACCACCACCCUCUGUCCUCUUGGAGCCCCUCCCCUCUGAUCUUUCACCCAAUCAGAGAACCUCUAUGAGUGGAGAGGCUGCACCACCUCCACCUCCACCCUUACCGACUGGACCGAGCAUCACCCCUUCCCAAAGAAUCACUGGGCCUAAACCGCUACAGGAUCCAGUAGUGCAAAAACAUGCAAUUGAUAUACUCAGGAAGAUGCUGGAGCAGGAAGAGGCUGAACUACAGGUCUUGUUGGAUGAACAGUUGAGAAACUGGUCGCCAUCGCUGGAGGAGAAGAUUGAACGCGCCAAGAAGAGAGCUCACCAAGUUAGAGUCAAGAUUCAACAGGAUCUGGGUGGAACACGAUCAGAAUCUGUGACGAGCUACGUCCUUGCAGGAGAAGAUGGAUGGUCCAUUCCAGGAUAUUGAGUUGUUGAAGUCAAGGCCAGCACACAUGAUGGUUUUUAUGAGAUACGUCUUUACCCAAUUGUUGGACCCCAACCCUCUGCUCUUCUAUCUAUCAGUGGAAGCGUAUUUGGGCUCCGGUACUAAAGAGGCUCGUGGUCUUACACCUCAGAUCUGUUCUCACUUCCUGGAUCCAGAUGCUCCUCUGAAAAUCAAAGUCCGAGAGGAGUACCUCACAGACAUCGAAAGUCGUCUUCAUGCACAGGAGGACAUCAGAGGACCUCUGUCUGAGCUGCAGCAGCAGGUGCUGCCAGACAUCCAGGAGCUGAUUCAGGACUACAGAAACAAGCAGAUGAUGGGUCUGGGCUCUCUGUUUGGAGAAGGAGACCUGCGUCUCCUGGAUGGAGACCCUGUGAAGGAGAAACAGGUGGUGGACAGACAGGUCACCGCUCUCUGGGAGAUACUAUCAAAGCAUGAAGAAGACCGAAGUUCCCCUCUGGCUUCAGCUGUGCUGCUGUACCUGCGUCACUCUGGCAUCAAGCUGAGAGACUCCAAAGUGUUUCCCAGCCUCAGUGUAGAGAAGGAGAAGUGGCUGGCUUUCUUAAAAACGAAAAAGCUGACCAGUACGAAGGAGAAAAAAGAUGGAGAGGAUAAAAAGAGGAACCCCAUCCUGAAGUACAUUGGGAAACCCCGGACCAUGUCUCAGUCCACAUUCCACGUCCCCUUGUCUCCCUCAGAAGUGCGCCCUGGCAGUGUCAAGAACAUCAUCCAGCAGUUUGAGAAUCAAACGGACACUCCAGGAGAGGAGGGGGGAGAUGCUGCGGACCCCCAGAGGCUCUCCUCCAGCAGCCUGGGAGAAGAAGGCACGGACAGCCCGGCGGUCUCGGUGCGUCUGGCACGCAGCGAGUCCCUGAAGGCCCAGGGGGAGGGCCGGCGGCGAUGCGCUGGCUCCGGAGGGGACUCGGUGCCCCGCUCUCGAAGCGACGUGGACAUAGAAGACUGCGGAGACGAGCAGGACCAACAGGGCCUUCGACYUCUGCAGCAGAGCGCCUCGUCGUCCGCAUCCAGCAGCUCUGCCCGGUCUCUUGAGAACCCUACACCCCCAUACACCCCUCGGUCCAGACGCAGGAGUAUGGACUCGCCGCUGGCCCUGCUGCCAGACGCCGCGGCGCUGGAGGACGAGGUGUGCGACGGUCAGAACUGGCAGGAAACGGUUCCUCCUCCUUUGCUGGUGACGCUCAGCCCAAAGGAGGUGGACCGGCAGGCUGUCAUAUACGAGCUCUUCACCACCGAGGUGUCCCACCUGCGGACCCUGAGGGUCCUGGACAAAGUCUUUUUCCAGAAGUUGAGGCCGGUGCUGAACUCCGAGGAGCUGGCCUGCAUCUUCCCGAACCUGCCUCAGGUCUACGAGCUCCAUGCGAGUCUGUGCGAGGCCAUGAAGAAGYGCAGAGAGACUCCUGUAGUUCAGGACAUCGGAGAUGUCAUGGUGGCCAGGUUUGAAGGCGCAGCCGGAAGCGAGUUUCAGGAACAGGCCUCGCUGCUGUGCUGCCAUCAGACUCAGGCUCUGGAGCUCAUCAAGAACAAAAAACGGAAAGACCCCCGCUUCRCCCAAAUUAUCCAGGAGUGUGAGGCGAGUCCUCAGUGUCGAAGGCUGCAGCUCAAAGACCUGCUGGUGUCGGAGAUGCAGAGACUCACCAAGUACCCUCUGCUGCUGGACAACAUCAUCAAACACACCGAGGCCGGGUCGUCAGACCUCCCCUCGCUUCAGCACGCGCAGGCUUGUUGCCGGGGGAUACUGCAGGCCGUCAACGAGGACGUUCGGGAAACGGAACACCGCCAGCGCCUCGUUCAGUACCAGCGCAGGCUGGAUGCUGCUCCUCAGUUCAAGAGUCUGGACCUGACCACAAAGAGAAUGAUCCACGAGGGCCCCCUCACCUGGAAGAUCAGCAAAGACAAGCAGAUCGAGAUCCAAGCGCUGCUGGUGUCAGACUGCCUGCUCCUCCUUCAGAAAAGCCCAGACGAUCGACUGCAGCUGCGAUAUCCAUCCCGCUGGUUGGGAGGAGGAGGAGGCGGGGGCAGCGCAGACAGCAAGACCUCCUUCAGCCCUCUGGUCAAGCUGAACUCCCUGCUCGUCCGAGACGUAGCUAUAGAUAGCAAAGCUCUUUACAUCAUCAGCACCACAGAGAGUCAGAUCUAUGAGCUGGUGACUGCGUCUUCAUCAGAGAAAAACACUUGGAAAGAUUUGCUCGAAAAGACCAUCACUGCUGCUGGAGGUCCGUCGCACAUCAACCACAGAUCCAUUCAUUUAUCUCCUGCCAGUCUGCGCAGUGCGUCGCCUGUUUCAAACAGCAGGAACGUUGCUGAAGUCCGCUCUAUGGUGGAGCAGUCAGAGUCCAUGGAGAUUCAGUCCUCCAAUGACAACAACAUAUCAGACAACAACACACCCACAGACUCGUCAGGAAUCAUUAAAUCUGAUGAAGGACAGGAUGGCAGUGUGGCGGAAGCUGCUUUACAAGACGUGGAAACCCUGCGGCGGCUCAUAUUACAAGAUCUGGAUGAGGAUGGGCGAAGCCACAAGUCAGACGACACGCCCACAAACGAGAUGACCAACGGAGGGAGCUUGCUGACAGAGAGACAACGACCGCAGUCCCUGGAAACAGUCCUCGAUCUCAGCAUAGAUGAAGAGGCGGGGCCAACAGAGGCCCCGCCCACAGACACCAGGCAGCCCAGCGUUCAYGUUGUGAGGAAAGCUGUGGUUGCGGGUCCUCCUCUAUCUUCCUCUGUCCCUGAUGGCAUCWCUGAUGAUGUUAGCCUCCUCUCCAAUCAGUCCUCCCAGUCUAGAGGCAAGGCCAAAGUUCAGGGAAACACUUUCUACCUGGUGAUGCCCUCCGAGCAGGGAGAGAGCAUCACAGACGACCUCAGCGACCCUCCCACGCCCACCGUCGGACACUUCCCUCAGCCCGAGGAGGAAGUGAUGUCACAGUGGGCACAACCAGAGGAGGAAACACCAGCCGGCUGCUCGGAGUUCAGCCAAUCACAAACUAUGCAACUGGAGGAAGAGGAAGAAACUGGGCCGAGGCAGGCUGGGAUACAGAGGCACAUCAUUAAAAAUGCAGAUGAGAUUUUUCUCACAAUCGAAGGGCUGAUGAACAAGUUGCACAAACUGAAGGAAAUGGAGAGGACCCACCACAAGCUGUUAGAAAACCUUCGACGUCCGUCGUUCAGUCUGGAGUCAGAGGACCAACUGUGUCGCUCAGCCACCGUCUCCAGGACGCCCUCCAUGGAUUGCAGUUCAGGAGAUGGUAAAGAAGGAAUCCCUGCCGAGCCAAAAAUUCUGUCGACUGGUUUCUGACGUGUCUGCGUGGCAGAUCUGUGCCCAGACGGAGAACAGGAGCAUCUAUAUCAGGAGUUAGACUCAGACAAUGUAGAUCCUCUCCUAACGUCUCGUUUCCAUUGGCCUGGAACAGCAGAAGGCGGCGGUAUGACCCACCGAGGUUUCUGAAGUUGGCACAGACUCUGAAGACUAAAUGAAUAACGAGAAGCUUGAACAAAAAAAAAGGAAUCAAGAAGUUGAUCAGAGGCUAACUGAGUUGGAUAAAAGGAAAAGUGACUCGUAUGUUUUGGUAGCUGGAUGACGGAGCGGAGCAGAGAGAGCGAUGAAAUACUAAUUUGAGGGAACUUUCCAAGGGACCCCAGCACUUUACCCACAAUGCAUUUCUCUGUGGUUGUUGUCUCGCUGCAGACAGAUCAGAGACGGGAGGAUUCAGGCCACAGUCAGUCGAGUUCACCUGCCACCUCACAUGUAUGAGUCAGGUCAUUUGCACUGUGUAAGGAAACCAUCUCACACACACACACACACACACACACACACACACACAC